AUGCGUUCAAAAAACCCUAAAAAUCUUUCACUAUCUUUACAUAAUUCAGAUAUAAUAUCUGAAGUAGAAAAUCAACAGCAACAAACAUUUAAUAAAAAUAAAAAAUUUAAACAACUUUUAAUAUUAGGAGAAAAUUAUAAUUAUAAUAAUGAGAUUAAUGAUAUUUAUUCAUUUAAUUUAAUUUUACCAAAUCCUCCAAAACCUGAAUUAAAAGAUUUAAUUAUAAUACCAGGUCAUUCAAUUUAUCUAGGAGGAAGAGUUAGUAAUGGCAAUAUCAAAGAUGAUUUAGAAGAUUUGGACAAUUGGAUUUUAGAAGAUUAUCAAAGAAAUAUUGAUCAUGUUAAAACUUUUAUGAAACACAUUGAAAGAGGAUUGGAAUUGCUUGGUAAAAAUAAUGAAUCUUUGCUAAUUUUUAGUGGUGGUCAAACAAGGUUUACAGCAGGUCCAAAGACAGAAUCACAAAGUUAUUGGGAAUAUGCAAAAGAUUCAUAUGAAAAUUUAAUAUUUUCUAUAUGUAGAUUUUAUGAAUUCACAGGAAAUUAUCCAAAUAAAAUUACAAUAAUAGGAUUUAAAUUUAAAUCUACAAGAUUUAUUAAUUUACAUAGGCUUGCAAUUAAAUUUCCAUUAGAAAGGUUUAACUAUAUUGGGAUUGAUCCUGAGAACAAUUUAUUAGAUUCAGAGGCUGACUUAUAUGGAUGUCAUGAUAAAUUACAGAAGAAAAAAUUAUUGAGAAAUCCAUUUAGAAGAAGGUAA